GAUGUGGGAGGGUGCACAUGUUGUUUUCUGAGCAUCAGCAGCAGGGCUGGCCAAGGCGAGGGACUUUGGCCAUGGAUUCCUGGCAAGUCUCUAGGGCUAGAUGCUUCCAGAACCAGGGCUGUGGAUGGAGCGGGAGAUUCGCAGCCCUCUGCUCGGAACCACCCACAAUUCCCUUUCCCAGGAGCUGCCCUUUAUCAGCCCUGAGAAGCCUUGCAGACACUGGGGAGGAGCUAUGCUCUCUGCUCCCAUAGGAGGAGGUGGCCUUGCCCAUCCUGUUCCUUCACUUUUGCCUUAGUGCAGAGCCUCCGCUGCUCCACAGCCCUGCAGCUCUCCUGCAGCAUCAUCAUAGGGAAGAUGGCAGCCCAGAAGAAGGCCCGUGAUAACUGUCCUAACUUGCAGACCGACCUGGAAAACCUGAUGGGAAACGUAGAAGUCUGCCGCAGUGUGGGCUUGGAGAUCAUCAACAACACCAAAACAGUGACGCUGGAGGACUUCAGGAGUUACUGCUUCAGUGGCAAGAUCCAGACCGUUCUCCCCUUCGAUAUCGGUCCACACUCCGUAGGAAGAUGCGUUUUUGCAAAGACUCCAUACAGCCUGCGUGGGAGUGUGGGUGUCCUGGUCUGCAAGGCCAGCUCUUUCUCACUGGCCAUCAUGUUCUCCAACCCCUUCGACUACAUGCUUUACAACAUCGAGUUUGCUCUGCAGCUCUUCAAAUCAGAGAACCACAUGGGAAACCUCAAUGCAGUCUUCUCCCGUAUGAUGGAAAGCAAGCCUUACAGCAGCUCCACACUCUUCCAGCGAGCCAAGCUACAGUCCGAGCAUGAAACCCUGGAGGUCUCCUUAGAGAAUAUUCGUGUCAGAGCCAAGAUGUCAAACAGUGAGAAAGCGAUCCUGAAAGUCCAGGUGAAACCUGUUCCCACCUGCAAGGAGCAGAGUGAAAAGCCACCAUGUGGCUUCUGGUAGCCUGUUGAUGUCUAAUGCCACCAGGAUGGCAGGACAGAAAGCCCCAGCCCAGCCUGAGCUUCCUGCAACAUGCAGCACAGCCCUACAAGUCAUCACAGCCUCUGGAUCUGCUGUGGCUCCAUUUCUGUGAAGCCUGCAAGUGUGGCAGGACUCUCCAGAAGAGCAUCAUCUCUGCAGGAGGUGCUGCAGUAGAGUACCUCCAUCCUCGCUGUGUGGGGCUGGUGGUACCAUCCCUAUUCUGCCUCCCACAGGUUGCCUGUGAUCAUCCCUGUCCUGCAACCCCCAUGUCCACCACUCCCCAAGUUCCCAAGCCUGUGGAGCCCCCGUGCCUCAUGUCACAAGCACAUUUCAUCAUCAAACCCCAACGGCAUAAACAAAGGCAGGAUAAGAGCAGUGUCCCAUCCCCAACAGCCAGGAAAGGGACAGGUCCUGUCCCAUGUCCUGCUUGAGGGCUUCUUCUCCAGGCUGGUGAGGACCCUGGCUGUCUCCUGGUGUUUUCUGGAUGCUGAGGGUGCAGGUGAGGGUCUGCCCCAACGCUGUGGUCACCAGCACCCCACAUUUCUAUUCCCCACAUGAGCUGUGCCCCCAGGUCACCCCAGCUUUGACCAUCGGUAUUCAGAGCAGCCAACGCCUACAGCAGGGAAACUAGGGAAACCAUCCCCACCUCCCUUCCUCUUCCUCACCACACUCCUUCCCAGCACAGGCACAGAAGUGGAGACCUUCUGUGUCCGAGCACCUUGGGGUGCAGGAUCAGGGGCUCUCUGGAGCCCCUUUUUGUCUUUGGAGAGGGGAAUUCACCAGUUUCAAAUGUUUUGAGGUCAUACGCACCCAGGUGCCCAGGAGAGAAGCCGGGACCAUUAGCAGACAUCAAACAAUCGUGGUCCCAGUACCAAUCCCCUGAGGGACUCCAGAUCUGGGUUUUGACUCCCUUAUCAACCAGUUUCCCACCUGCCAAACU